AGCCCACAAACUUGUCUGCCCAUUGCCGCCGUCUCUCUGUCUCUCUCACACGCCCGCUCACGCGCACACACAUACUGACAAUCAGUUGGAGUACGAACUUCGAAGAUAGAUUCCAAUUGCAGCGAAACGUUUGUUACCUCUCUCUCUCUCUCUCUGUAUGUAUGUAUGCAUAUAGUAUGUUCAUACAUAGUAUAUUUUUGAAUUGAUCAUCGCUCCUCAAUUCUGCUGUUCUUUCCAUACGUAGCUUCGUUACUUCUCGAUUUCACCUUUCCAAUCCUAAAUUUCCGGAUAUACACAUACACUCAACGAUGAAGUAGUAACCAUGUGUGCACUUGACUUUGCUUAGGGUUUCAAGUUGUCAUCUCCUCACAUGUUAGACAAUGGCCGAAAACCCUAACAACAAAGCCCCAAUCCAACCAUCCCAACUACCGGAACCAUUCCCAACCUAUCUCCAAAACCCCCAUGUGUCCGCAAGAGCUAGAAUGCUCUGUGAAACCCUCGCUAGGGUCCCACCUCAAGAAGUCGAAACCGCCCUUUCAUCCACGGGUAUUGAACCCGUGUCCGAAAUCGUAGAAGAAGUGCUCAAACUCUCGUACGGGUCCCCCGCAGCUGCUGUCAAGUUCUUUCGAUGGGCCGGAUUGAACCGGAAGCAUUCGGCGUAUGCUUGGAACCUUAUGGUGGAUUUGCUUGGGAAAAACAAGUUGUUUGAGCAAAUGUGGGACGCGAUUCGUUCCAUGAAACAAGAAGGGGUUUUGCAAGUGGCCACUUUUGUUUCGGUGUUUGGGAGCUAUUGCAGUGCAGGGAGGUUCAACGAAGCUAUCAUGACCUUUGAUGUCAUGGAAAAGUACGGGGUUACGCCUAAUGUUGUGGCAGUGAACUCUCUGUUGAGUGCGAUUUGUCGCGAGGAUAAUCAGACCCUUGUUGCGCUUGAGUUCUUCGAGCGGAUUAAGACUAAGAUUGCCCCGGAUGCGGAUUCGUUUGCCAUUUUAUUGGAAGGGUGGGAGAAAGAAGGGAACGUGGCGAAGGCGAAUAAUACGUUUGGGGAGAUGGUGAUUCGGGUCGGUUGGAGCCCGCAAAACAUGUCUGCUUACGAUGCUUUCUUGACAACUCUUGUUUGCGGGUCCCAGGUGGACGAGGCAAUAAAGUUCCUUCAAGUCAUGACUGGGAAGAACUGCUUGCCAGGUUUGAAAUUCUUCUCUAAUGCUCUUGAUAUUCUCACCAAGCAGAAUGAUUCAGCUCAUGCUGUCCUAUUGUGGGAUAUUAUGGUUGGUAGCGGAUUAGUACCCAAUUUAAUUAUGUACAAUGCAAUAAUUGGAUUACUUUGCAACAACAAUGACACCGAUAACGCCUUGCGUUACCUUGAUGAAAUGGUGUUGUACGGUGCUUUCCCCGAUUCUUUGACCUAUAACAUGAUUUUCCAUUGUUUGGUUAACAACAAGAAGGUUCGUGAAGCGAGUAAGUUCUUCUUUGAGAUGAUCAAGAAUGAAUGGCCUCCUACACAUUCAAAUUGCGCUGCGGCCAUCACAAUGUUUUUCGAUGGUGAUGAUCCCGAGAUGGCAAUAGAAAUUUGGAACUACAUGGUUAAGAAUCGUGUUUUGCCUCUUGAAGAGAGUGCGAAUGUGUUGCUUAUUGGGCUUUCUAAUAUGGGAAGGCUGAAAGAGUUGAGGAGGUUUGCAGAGUAUAUGCUUGAUAGAAGGAUUAAUAUUGAUGAAUCAACAAUGACGAAGUUGAAACAUGUUUUCUAUAAGGAGGGUAGAAGUGCACGUGACUCAUAUGAUAGUCUUUCAAGGAAGUGGAGAUCUUCCUAGAAGUUGUGUGGUUGGAACUUUUGGUUCGAUGCAUUGGAAAAUUUAUUUUAUUUUUCAUUUCCCUUUUUGGAAGUUUGGGAGAUCUCUUCGAUGUGGCUGGUGUGUGGAAACACUAUGACCACAUCUGGUUUUGAAAAGAAAUUGAUGUUAAACUUGCCUGAUUUGGUUCCUCAUAUGUUUGCAUUGGGAUGUGGUACAGUGGUAUAAUAUGAUUAGCUCUGUCUUCCUGUUCACAGAUGCACCCUUCACGUUCA